CUGCGUGCUGUGGUUGCGCACACUUCUUCCUUGAUUACGGACGAAUGGUUUUCUAAGCUUAAACUCUCCGCCUUGACCGCAUCAGACUGUUCUUUGCAGAACUUCGUAUAGUUGCUGCUCUGCUGUUUGCACCAUCCCUACCCCUCAUUAGCUAUACAUACUUGAUCCACCAUGGUUCUCGACUACAGCAAGUGGGAUGCUCUCGAGCUAUCAGAUGACUCCGACAUCGAAGUUCAUCCCAACGUCGAUAAACGUUCUUUCAUCCGAGCCAAACAAGCUCAAAUUCACCAGCAGCGUGUGCAGCGCCGCCAUGAGAUACAAACCUUCAAGUAUGAGCGCAUAAUCAACGAUGGCUUGCUGGUCCGCAUCGAUAAGCUCCUUACUCUACUGAAGCAGAAUGAAGGCUUCUCAAAGAAUCCCGAAGAGUUUGUCUUCCAGGCCCUAAUGGAGUUCGCCAGUAACCCGUCGGAGGAUCUGCCUCCCCCACCUCCGGAGGGAGUCCAUACGCAAGAAAAGGAGCAGCCCAAAUACUCCCAGAUGAUGGGUGCUCUAGUUGACCAGGUCAAGAAGGAAAUCAGUGAAGUUACUGAUGACAAGCUUUUUGCGGAGUAUAUCAAGGGCGUACAGGGACACAAGGAUAAGGUGCAGGGUUUACAGAAGGAGCUUCAACAAAGACUUGCGCAAUUGGAAAAAGAAGAGAGCAGCAAGAUUACCAGCGAUCAGCUACACACUGGCUUUAAUACUUCGCACAUCGCUAAGGAGGGAGCCACAAAGAGCCAGGGAUCAUCGGCGAAGACAGAGACAAUUGAGCUCCUGAACCCUGGAGCAUCAGCUGGUUCUUCGUCUCGAGAGACUGCCACUGGGGAUGACGAUGAGGAGGAGGACCCAGAGAGUAUGAAGGCCAGUGACCUAGCCAAGCGGUUUGCAAAGAUUGACCGCAGCGAUUACCGCGCUCUAUUGCAAUUUAUCUCCGCGAAUCCCCAGAUUGUUGCCGAGAGGGAAACCGAUGGCCUCCUCGUGGAGGCUUUCAAUAGCCAGAUGGAAGGCAAGGAUGACUAUGCCCGUCAGUGUGUUCAUCAAGCAUUAUUGCUGCAAUACUGCCGGUCUCUUGGGCGUGACGGUAUCUCUCUAUUUUUCAAACGUAUCACAACGGCGAAUCACCAAGCGGGAACUCUCUUCCGGAACGAUGUGAAUGAGACCUAUAAUAAGAUUAAGACUCGUGCUGCAGAGCUUGCCAAGGAUGGCUCUGCAUCCAACGACCCGGCUGGUGUGGAGCAGAUUCAACUGCAUGCAGUUGAUCCCAACACGAAAAUCAGUAUUGCUAUACCUGCGACCGAGAGUCAAGAUCCCGUGGAGAUCGAGGCGCGCAAGGUCUUCGAGUCCUUUUCGAAAGAAAUGCAGAUUGCGUUAGCGUCGGAGUCCCUUGAUGAAGUCAAUAAGGUCCUUGGCAGAUUGAGCGUUGAAGAGGCUGAAGAUGUCGUUGAGAAGUUGGGACAAUUCGGCAUGCUAAGUCUCGAAGAGGGCAUUGUUGACGCUACAACUGAGGAAGGUCGGAAGAAGUUGGAAGAAAUUGAGGCGGAUAACAAGCGAGAGAAAGAGGAGAUAGGUGGGCCAGGAGGUGACAUCACCGAAUUAGACUGAGCACUGUUCAUAUAAGAAUGGUACUUGAAUAAAUUUACGCAAUGUGGCUACUUCCAGACCAGUCAGAG